AUGUCUCAAUUGACUCGCACCAAUUUGUCUAACGAGUUCAAUGAGAAGGAUUGCCAGAAGGAUAAUACAGUGGAGAAUGCCGCACAUGCAACCAACCAGGUUUCAAAAUGCAUCAACAAACUUGGGACUAAAGAAGCACCAAUUCCAUUGGGUGAUAUGCCCCCCCAACCACCGACAUUGGUGGUUGAGAGGCUUUCAAAUGUUAAGAUCACUAGUCCAACAAGUUUUGGUGUUAGGCAAAGUCAGUUAGCCAAGAAUGCAGACGCUCUAUACAACAAUAUGCUCGCAGCUGUUGUGAAUUGUCAAGGAGAGAAGCUUUUGACCCUCCCCUUUGAGCAAAACACAAGGUUCCCUGUUUCCGAGGAAGAGUGCAAGAACUAUAACACAAUAAUUGAACUAGCAUACACUAAAGGUGUUCAAAAGAAUUAUGCUUUGAUGUUCCCAAGGGUUCAUUGUAACUACAUAUCAUUGGGCCAAUGCCUCAUGCCAACCGGUCACAUGGAUAAUUUUCUUCUUCCUUGCAUCUGCCGCAAGUUCUUUGAGGACUGCCACCCAACGGUCUCUCGAAGGCAUCAUUUUUUCCCACAUAUUGGGGAGAACAUCUUGAAUUAUAGAAGCAACAAGCAAUUAAAAACGAUCGCGUUGUCUUUUGUUGGGGCAGCUUCAGCAAGGAGGAGGAAACGACUGGAUAAUUCAGACAGGUUGUUCUUCCCUAUUGUCAUUCAAGGCCACUGGAUAGUUUUCGCUGUUGAUUUCCAUUAUAAGCUUUUUGCUUUCUUGGACUCACAUUAUGGCAAGGAUUCAAAUUUUCACACGUCAAUACGAGAGAAAAUGAUCGACAACUUCAUCAAUUUGUGGGAAAUCAUAUUUCAAACUAAAGAACACGAUUUUCGUACUUUCAAAAGGAUGUACCCUCAUGUGCCUAAACAGGGCAACGAGAAUGAUUGCGGUAUUUUCGCUGUCAAGUUCAUGGAGUUAUGGGAACCAGCUAUGGAUAUGAGGAAGUGUUUCUCACAAGCCGACAUAACACACAUAAGGAUUCAAUACAUGAAUCAGCUUUAUUUCUGGAGUAAGAAUAGCACCGACAAGCGUGUAGUUACCGAUUUCAACUUAGAGGGUGAUUUUGUUGGAAACCAUGGACAAUAGAAACUGCUGAUCUAUGCUCUUGGGAUUUUGUCAGAUGGAUAUCAAGAUGGGGAAUUCAUCAUCUUUUAUCAGCCAGUUCGCUGCGGCCUGCACAUGUGGCUUUUUUUCUUCCUUCUUCUAGAUGUAUCCGAGUGCGUCUGGUUGAAAAGAAACAUUUUUGUGACAUGGGUUUUUUGUUUGUCAAUGGGGCAUUUAGUGACAUGUAUUUUUUAUGGUAACAGAGAAUGUGGGACAAGUUAUUUGUUUGUUGUAAUAUCUUUUUUGUUCUAUGUACGAUGAUAAAGCAAGACAUGUAU